GGCCGUGGGCAGCCCCCUGGUCAUGGAUCCUAUAAGCAUCUGCAGAAAGGCCAGGCGGCUGGCAGGACGGCAGGCGGAGCUGUGCCAGGCGGAGCCGGAAGUAGUGGCAGAGCUUGCCCGGGGCGCAAGACUGGGGGUCCGAGAAUGUCAGUUCCAGUUCCGUUUCCGACGCUGGAACUGCUCCAGUCACAGCAAGGCCUUUGGGCGCGUCCUGCAGCAGGACAUUCGAGAGACAGCCUUCGUGUUUGCAAUUACCGCAGCCGGUGCCAGCCACGCGGUCACUCAGGCCUGUUCCAUGGGAGAGCUCCUACAGUGUGGUUGCCAAGCACCCCGCGGGCGGGCACCACCUAGGCCCUCCGGCCUUCUGGGCACUCCUGGACCUCCGGGGCCAACAGGCUCCUCAGAUGCCAGCGCAGCCUGGGAGUGGGAAGGCUGCGGAGAUGAUGUGGACUUCGGGGAUGAGAAGUCAAGACUCUUCAUGGAUGCACAGCACAAACGAGGACGCGGAGACAUCCGUGCCCUGGUGCAACUGCACAACAAUGAGGCAGGCAGGCUGGCGGUGCGGAGCCACACGCGCACCGAGUGUAAGUGCCACGGUCUUUCCGGUUCGUGCGCGCUGCGCACCUGCUGGCAGAAACUGCCUCCGUUCCGGGAGGUGGGCGCACGGCUGCUGGAGCGCUUCCACGGUGCCUCGCGCGUGAUGGGCACCAACGACGGCAAAGCCCUGCUGCCUGCGGUCCGCACGCUCAAGCCUCCGGGCCAAGCCGACCUCCUCUACGCCGCCGACUCACCCGAUUUCUGCGCCCCCAACCGGCGCACCGGCUCUCCCGGCACACGCGGCCGGGCCUGUAACAGUAGUGCCCUGGACCUCAGCGGCUGCGACCUGUUGUGCUGCGGUCGCGGACACCGCCAGGAGAGCGUACAGCUGGAGGAGAACUGCCUGUGUCGCUUUCACUGGUGCUGCGUGGUGCAGUGCCACCGCUGUCGCGUGCGCAAGGAGCUCAGCCUGUGCCUCUGACCCGCAGCCUGCCACUCAACUGCGUGCAGUCUGCAGGACCACUGUAUUCCAGCAGGGUGCGCUGUUUGGACCGAGCAGGGUGCUCUGUCUGGACCCAGCGGCUCCCCAGGAAAAGUACAUAUCUAAAGCCUUGGGGGACUACAGGGGGCAGGAACUUGGGGUUUACAUCUGACCAUGAAGGCCUGGGGACCCUACCCCUUCAGCAUUCCCCAGAAUGGCCCUCUGUUAGUUUCUGCGGGAGACUAAGCAGGCUUUCCUUCCCCUUGGUCUUCCAGAUGGAAAUUAAAAAAGUAAAAAAAAAGCCAGACUCUGGCCUCUGGAGAUGGUACUCCUCAGAAUUACUGGGGUGGAUGGGUGACUUCAGUAUCAAUAAAGACAU